AUGGUAGUGACUUCAACCAAUGAUAACAACACUGGCAAUAAUAAUGCGAAUGCAAAUACAAAUGCAAAUAAAACAAGUGUAAAUGUAAAUGUAAAUGUAAACGCAAACGCAAACGCAAACGCAAACGCAAACGUCAACACACGAACCGGCAGACGAUACAUUGAAGGUCAACCUAAUAUCAACGAUGUACUGUAUGGAAGUGGCAAAGGGGCUUACAACCAUCCUGGCAAUCAGCUGUUCCACAAGUUGGUCAAAGACAGCUUGCAAGAAUACUAUGAAGUAAAGACUCACAGAUCCAAACAAGACAUUGCACAAAGGGUAAUCAAAGAUAUUGGAACCAGAGAUCCGCCUGGUCGUUUUCUUAGAUACAAUAAGGAAAACCAGAAAUGGUUCCAAGUAGAGGCAGAUGAAAGCUUGGCCAAAACACAGCAACAAUUCAGGAAUCGUGUCUCGAUGGAUCGCAAAGCAUUGCGCAAAUCAAAAGGAGGACCCAAAGAUAAGCCAGGAGAUUUUCAUCCAGAACAAUUUACUUUCAAUACUCAAGCCGUUAACGAAAUGUCCGACGCGUCUCGUGUGGUGCUGGAUUUGGAAAUCAUUGAAUUACUCGGAGAUAUAUUUCUUGAGAUUCGAGAUUUGAAUGAGAAAUAUGCAACUCUAAACUCAAAGAGUUUUGGAUCCCUCGUCAUGAAUCUACCAGGAAGAGGACAACUGAAGAUAUUCCAAGCGGCAUCUACUUUGGUAUAUGCUACACAAGCAGACAAGGCAACUGGUGUUGAGAGUCAUAACAACAACAAUAAUAGUAACAAGCGCCAGAGACAAGGCUUUGUGGCGGCUUCGGCCAAUGCUCGACCACAAGGAAUCUUGGCUCCCAAUAAGGUAACACAAUCUUUCGGAUCAACAACUGCCAAUCCGUUUGUUGCCGCACCAGCAGCACAUGGUGCUAUUAUUCCACAACCCUUGGCAUUGCAGGGAACCACGGUCCCACCAACACGAAAUAACGAUUGGGUUCAUCCACAGCAAGGAGUUGGAGCAAAGAAUCUAUCACUUGUGCCCACAAUGCCAAAUAUGCCAGCCAUGCUAUCUCCCGCUGCUGAUGCUGCUGCAGGGCAAACUUCAAUGGCCAAGAAUCCACCAGUUACAAAUGCUGGCAGCAGAGUGCCCAACCAGACUACCGGUACUGUCCGAGAUAUUAAUAAUGGUUCGGCUAAUCCAAGGCUCAUGAAUGUCGAUCCAACUACCGCCACCACUACUGCUGCUAUUACUACAAAAACUCAUCCUUCAGGAGAGAAUAAAGUAUCCGAUGCCGUCAAUGAAGACAAUCGUAUCAUUCGAAAUGAAGAAGGAUCUAUCAAUCAAAGUGGGAAAAAGAUAAACAAUAUCAGUGCCAAGCAGGAUUCUACUAGUCAAGAGAAGAAGUCGACUGCAAAGUCAUCACCCAUGAAUGUCCAACAUGUAGUAAUGGGCACACUGGUUACUCUCUUCGUCGAAGUCAUGCGACUUCAAUUGGAACAUCCAAAAUGGGAUCCAUUGGAACAUUCACAAAGUAUAUACGAAAUGUGCAGUGAGGGAAAGUAUGCCUCGACUCUGUUUGAGGUGGCUUCGGCCUUUACCUUUCGGUCUAUUGGAAAUGGUAAUGGAAAUUGUGGCAAAAGUGCCGCCAACAAGGACGGACAGUCGAAGACCAAUAGCAACAUCAAGAAUUGCUCCAAUAUACCUGCGCCUGUCCUCGAUGGACUAAGUGCACUUGGAACUCUUGCUGAUGUGGCGUCGGAAAGCAAUUUUGGGAAUGAAGUACAAAUAGCGAACAUGAAGCCAUUGGGUGGGUGGAAUCGACUCUUUGUGGGGAGCAUCUUGGAUGAUUUGCCACAUGGGGUUGGAUGCUUGACAUACAGUAAAACCAAUGCCGAUAACAGUGAUGUGGAUUUAGGGGAUGACAAGCAACCAAUGCGGGAAGAAAGGUACCUAUAUGGUUGCUGGUCCAAGGGCUACUUGACGAGCAAGGGGUGGGAGACCUAUGCAAAUGGGUCCGAGUAUAUUGGAACUUUUCAACAAGGGAUUGGGAUCCCGUCUUGA